AUGAUAGACAUUCCUCCAAACCAAACAGUCCCUGUAAAUUUAUCAUGUUGUGCUAGGCCACAUCCGCCUUACUGUAAUUCAGAAAGACAAUUUAACGCUAAAGUGCUUAAAGUAUUCCUGGGCGCUCUGCCAAUACUAUUACGCAAGUACGGUUGGAGUAACGUUUCGAUUUUAAAGAAUAACGUAGUCAUCUAUGCCUUCGUGAGAACCAGGUCUAUUGGGUCAGACUCAAACAUAAUGAUUGUCAACAUCAUGGAGAUGGAGAACAUGACAAAAAACAUAAUGAAUGUCAACAUCAUGGAGAUGGAAAACAUGACACCUAUUAUGAUAAUGAACUGUUUUUGAGAGAGGUGGGCUUUAGGUCCUUUUAUGUGUGAGUUAAUAACUUUAUUCAACUCAAACUCAAAACCAACCACGCAACUAUCAGGAUAUUUUGUCUUUCAAACGGAUAAAAGUUAUUCAUUAACUUCACGAAUUAUGUUGAAACAUUUAAUGACAGGGUUUUUAAUGAUGUUUUCCGAAAUGUCUUUCUUAGAUGUAAUGCUUGGUUCUAUAUUUGGAUAUGUGUCCAUCUUGUCAGUGGUCAUCAUCACAUAUGACCGCUAUAACGUCAUCAUAAAACACUUUAAUACUUUUCCCUUAAGUCAAUGUAAAGCAGCUCUGGUGAACUUAUUUAGUAGUUUGUUGGACUGUAAUACCAUUAUUCGGUUGGAGUCAUUAAUUAUAUUUCUUUAACUCCUGUUUCUUUAGUGAUCGAAAACUAACUACAGCUCCUUUCUUGUAUAAGAUUUU